CAAAUGUGGGUUAUCAUCAGGAAGGCACACACAACGCCACGGUACACACAGUUCAACGGUGUCCAUGUUCCAGGUACAAGCUCAUGGCGGCCAUUACUUCUUCCCGAUUCCUGCUCGUGAUGGCGAUAGUCAUGUGUACAGUUCAGAGUUCACAUUUGUAUCCGACUCCAUCGAAACCGACCAACGUGCUCAAGUGUCCCGCUGUUUGCGAGCAUGUACAACACGAGAGUGGGAAAAACAAUUUGACAUCUUCAAAUUCUACACUGAGCAUGCUUUAUGCACGUGUAUCACAGGAAGGCCCUGACUUUGAAUUUCAAUUUUUUGACAUUGCGUUGUCUUUGGUCAGUCCAAAAGCUCGUGCGCGUCUGCGCAAUUUGAAGGACGUUGUCAACGGUGAAGACAUCGUCUGGGGAGAUGUGCUUGAGGAAAACAAACGAAAGUUUAUCGGCCCGCCUUGCAUGCACGCUCUUUUCGAGGUCACCAAUCUCCUGAAGGUAUACGUCAACCAAUCACAUGAAAUGAACCUCACUACAGAUUUAUAUACAUUGUGGUGGCUUGCGCACGCGGUGUACACAGAAAAAUAUAGUCAGAUGGAGGAGGCGCGUAAUGGUAGGAUUCAAGUGACGGUGUUUGCCUGGGGACAGACAAGAGAAGUCAUUGGGGGCAUGUUGAACAGUCACUGCAACGUCGUUUGUAAACGUCAGUACGUCGUCGACCAAUUCAGUGUUCCGUACGGUUCCAUAUAGGAGGAUCGACAGCCAAUGAGUAGUAAAGUCAGGGAUGAUUACUGGGUUUUAUGGACCGACUGUCAUCAAGGACCCACACGUCAAACAUGCACUAUGUAUAUAUUGCAUAGCAAUAGCUUUGUAGAAAGGGCCGAAUUACAUCAUUUUCUAUAAACAGUCAAA